GCUUGUCGUUCUUCCUCAGUUCAACAAAUCAGUAUGGAUUUUUGAAGCCGAUAUGUUGGAGUAAUAAUGGUCGGUACUCUUUUCGAAUACGCGAUUUGCUUGAAUUCAAUUUUAUCAACAAUUGUGAGGAAUUCGGUGUACAUAAUUAGUGCACGGUGCAUCAUCCAGAAGCCUCUGAUUUGAUUGUAUUGUAGGUGCCUUUUGACAGUGACAGUUCGUUCUCAGAAAGAACUGCCAACCGACAAUAUAAAUUCGCCAACGAAAUCAAGACGGUUCCCGUCACAGCACGCUUGAUGCACGUCGAAUAAACAAACCCCGAACGAACGAAACAGCAAAAAAAACAAGUGAAAUCGAGUAGUCCAGGCGUCAUGGCACACCCGACAUGGAUUUAGCGGAAGUGGUUGAGGAUCUGAUCUGCACGUUCGACGGUACAUCAGACACCACCAUGGACACCCUAGCGAUGUUCGUCUUCGGCUGGACGCUCUUCGCCCUGUUCGCCCUCUGGCUGGGCCGGCUCGUCUACGACAAGCUGCGCCGUCGCGGCGCCCCCGCCCCCUCCGCCGCCGCCAAGCCGCCCACCGUCGUCGAGGAGGCGGCCAAGAAGGCGGCGCAGGUGAACGCGGCGCCGGCGGUGCGGAGCGCCGCGCCCGGCCCCACGCCGCCGGUGCGGAAGCGGCUGAGCCGCCAGAGCCCGGCGCCGGACGCGCGGAACCGCCGCCCGCGGUACGUGCCGGCGCCGCAGUGCACGGGGCCCGAUAACGUGUGCGUGUUGUGGGUGAACGACGUGCUGCAGUGGCUGUACAACGACUUUGUCGUAGUCAACGAGCUGGCGGGCGUGUGGAUCGAGGCCUUGAACGGGUAUACCAAAAAGGCGGGGGAUGAGCAAGGAAUCGGCGUGGAUUUAAUCAGAAUAUUACCAGAAACACAUCCGCCCGUUUUAUCCAACAUUUUCGCCGAAGCGGAUUCUAAAGACGAUGUCACUAUAACGUGCGAUUGCGAAGCCACCUUGGCGUUUCAGCUGAAGAGCACCAGACAGAAGGCCGAGAGGACCGAAACGUCGCACUAUCGCGUCGACGUGAACAGAUUUAGGGCCAGAUUGAACGUGUUCUGCGUGUCCGAAAAGCUAAGGGCCAACGUCAAAUGCGACGGAUGGCCGGAGAUCAAGAUCGCCUUGGCGCCCGUCGGCAACAUAAAAAACAUCAAUUUGGACGAAUCCCAGCUGCAGGAGGUCAUCAUCGAAAUACUAACGGAUGCGAUACGAAACGCCGAAGUGAAUUUGAAUUUGUCCCAAUAUCCGACGUGUCCCAAAUUAAUACGACAUGUUCCUACGUUGGGACAAAUCUUACCACUACAUUACGAUAGCAUGGGCAACGCCGCCGGUCCCAAUUUCACGUCGACGCCGGAAAAAAGGGCGAUGGGCGAUCGUCGGUUGCUCGUCAAGAUCGUGCGCGCCGCCCAAUUGGGCUCGUCGCAGGGCUGCUCGGAGCCCUACUGCGUGGUGGAGAUGGACGAGCCGCCGCAGCGCAACCAAACGGCCGUGCACAAAUCCGCCGGGGAUUCCCCGCAAUGGGACGAACACUUUUUGUUCGAUCUGUCUCCGAGUACGGCCGAAUUGCUGUUCGAGAUCUACGAUCGCUCGGCCGCGCCUCGUCCGAAAUUUCUCGGUUUAGGCAUCGUCGGGAUCGAAGAGUUGUUGGUGACGCCAUCGCAAAGACAGACGAUUUCGUUGCAGAGCCGACCGUACGAGAGCGAUCCGGUUUCGGGCACUCUUACCGUCGAGUUCAUGUUUAUAGAGGGCGCCGAUGUGCCCAAUCUCGGAGGCGGACAACAGCCCUACAAAAUUAAAGAAUCGAUCAGGACUCCGUCUCCGCAUAGAAAUAAAAAUACUACGACUACAGCUGCUGCUACUACUACUUCAACGUUCCAUAAUGAUGUCGUUACGAAUGGUAACCAUUUAGGUGAUAUAUACAGAGACUUAGAUAGGAAUAAGCAAUCGUCGAAUGUCGAUACUCUGGUUAUUCAUAGUGUACAAAGGCAACCUUCCCAAAGGCUAGUGAAGGUGGAGCUCAGCAACGGCGCUUGGAAAGAAGUGGACACGAUCGAAGUGAAUUCGGACGAAAAGACGGAAGAAACUAAAGAAAAAGAUAACCGAAACGGUACCGGAAACGGCGAGUCGCAGCCUCGAGACCUCCCAUCGCCCGCCUCAAACAGACAAGACGAAUCGCCUGGGAACGACGUAAAUUCCGGCGAAUUCCGAGGCAGAUCUCGCCGACGCCGGGACUUCUUCGGCACGAUCAAACGGCGAUUGGGCAAAUCGAUGAACCGAUCGAAAUCCGUCGGGCCGGAUAACAACGGCCUCGGAGGCCGCGACGAUUCGAUGAACAGAUCCGUAUCGGCCGAUAGAGGUCGCAACGACGAAAGUCGAUUGAGCGUCCCCGGCGGACAACAACGUCAUUCGGACGAGACGUCGCGACGCUCGAGCCUGUCGGAGGCGUCGGGCAUGAGCAGCGCCUCUACGAGGACCUAUUUGAACGAGGCCAGCACGUUGGUGUUGGAGACGAUCGAGAACGGCGUCAAGAAACAUUAUCUGGUGCCCAUGUCGUUGGCGCGGCGCUCGAAGUGGCGUAAAAAGGGCGCCAAGUUGCAUGUGUUUAGCGAUCACACGUUCGUUGCCAAGCAUUUACAAGGGGGGACUGUGUGUCAAGUGUGCGGCAAAACGAUAGCUAGACGUUUCGGAAAGCAGGGUUACGAGUGUAGAGAUUGCCUAAUCAAAUGCCACAAGCACUGUCACGUUAAAGUGAAUGACAGUUGUCCGACGUCGACCAUUCACAACGUGGAAUUGUUUCCGCUGCCCUACAACAACUUCUUCUCCUUCUAGACUGUUCAGUGUUCGAGCUACUCGAAGAAUUAAAAAUAUACUAAAAACGAUGCGCAGUAUGGGAAAUUUGUUUGUUGUUUGCUUGUAAUUACUUAAUUGUUUACUAAACUUUUACUAAAUAUCUUUUUAA